CAUGUUAGUCACGCGUACGGCUUAUCGGAUAUAAAACCGGUUCCCUCACCCCCAGAAAUCAGACGAUUGGAUCUGCAUCGAGCGGUUUGAACACAAAUUCACCUUCGGCCACAUGACUUUGUGACGUAGUUUCUUCCUUGACCACCCGAGAGCAGUUUGACCGGUACCGUUUCUAUCAAGGACGUUUCGACCGCGGAGUCGAAUCGAGUAACGUUACGUCAAGCUAGUGCAAUUCGACCCCGCGUGACGCGCGAGUUGUUUCCACGUCAUUCAUUUGUGGCUGUGAAGAACGCAGGAAGCGGACAUGCUGCUGGAUGCUAUGGGCUGUGGGCUGUCGUCUACGGACAGAAACGGCGACCUUUCUCCAACGGGUCUAGAAUCAGAAGAAGACCGUGUCAGCAUUUUGGCCAAGAAGCUUUGGGACUACAUGAUACUGGGACAGGAGUUAGUCAAGAGUGACGUCAUCCUGGUUCUGGGUUGCCAUGACACCCGUGUGGCUGAGUACGCCGCCCGCCUGUGGUUGGACGGCUGGGCGGAGUACCUCCUGUUCUCCGGUAACCUUGGCCACUUCACUAAAGGAGUGUGGGACCGUCCAGAGGCUGAAAUCUUCCACGACAUUGCCGUGAGCCUGGGCGUGCCAGACGACAGGAUCCUGCGGGAAACCCUGGCGACCAACACCGGAGAGAACAUCAAGUUCUCUCACCAGGUUCUCCGGCAACACAAGGUCAAGGCCAACUCCGUCAUCCUCGUCCAGAUGCCUUACAUGGAGAGGAGGACCUACGCGACUUUUGUGAAGCAGUGGCCAGGUGACAAGGAGAACACACACGUCGUUGUGACGUCGCCAAGAAUAGCGUUCCAGGACUACCCUAGCGAUGACGUAGGCGGUCUGAAGACGACGGUGAACAAUCUGGUGGGAGUUCUGGAACGGAUCAAGUCGUAUCCAAGCAGAGGCUUCCAGAUCCAUCAGGAUAUCCCAGACGAUGUGUGGCUAGCCUACGAGGAGUUGGUCGACAUGGGUUACGACGGACUAGACUACAAGAUGAAACCGUGUUAACUUUGUAUUAGAGCAACGGAAAAGGACAUUUGACUAAGGAGUUUAGAAUGAUUUUAAGCUCCUUGACUUGACGUAAAGGAGACUCAGGGUAACUUGUGACUUGUAUUAAGUUACGAACUUUUACAAUUUGAUGUUCAUGCUAGUGUACAUAUUGAGUAAGGAUACUUUUGUAGUACAUGUAAUUGUUAACUUAUACGAGAGUUUGAUAGAGCUACCAUAACGCGUAGAGGAAAACUCACAGCCAUGUAGCUCAUUAGAAAAAAGAAAUCUCAGGUUCGUCGUAUUAGUUAGGUAAACUUUACUUAU